AUGUAGGACUCUAUAUCAACUUAAUUGAAAACUGAAUCAGAUUCUAUCAAAGAUCCUCCAGCAAGCAAGUUUAAGCAAAACUUCAUGUAAACUAAUUAAAGAUUUUUAAAUACUAAAAAAUUAACAUACUCUAACAAAAAAAUAGCGAUUUCUAAUUAGAAAGAUGCAUGGAAAUAAAUGUUUGGCAAUUUCUUGCAUGAUAUUAAUCUUAAAUAGAAAAAGGAUCAUAUCUCUUAAGAAACCAAAGAGGUAUUAAUGAAGCAUCUUCAAUUUAGCAUCUUUAAGAUCCACUUGUGAAUGAAGUCCCAUUAUUCCUUCCAUGUUCAAAUAAACAAUUUAAACUCUAGUUCUAUAAGUAUUUAGAAGGGGAGUAAUCAAUUAAUGAAUUAUUAAAGGCAAUUAGAUUUCCUCACUUAGAAGCAGUAAGUAAUUUUAUUAUUGUUUUAGUUAUAAAUCGAAGAUUAAAAAAAAUAAAAAAGGAAACUAUCCAUUGUUUAAAAAAUUAAGAAAUUUAGAAUUAAUGACAUGCCUAAAUCAAGUGAUAAGACUACUUAUUUAGAUAUAGGAAGUUCUACAAAAUAAUUGAAAGUCUAACAAUUAAAAUUAGUUGAUUAGAGAAGAUUUACAGAAGCUGGUAAAUUGAUGGAAUUAUUUUAAAUUAAUAUAAAUAAGAAGGUUCAAGUUUUAAGAGAUUUUAUUUAAUAAAGAGUAAUAUUUAUUUUUUAUAUAAGAUCAAUUUAAGAUAAUAAUUAAACAAAGAAUAAAGGGAAGAGGAAAUAAGAAAUAUACAUUUUAUUAAGACUUUUUUUGAUAUCACUAAUGAUUACAAUUAACAUAUCUUAGAUUAGUAAGAAGAAUUAUAGGAUGAUGCUUAAUNUUGA